AUGCCACCACCAUCAAAUCAAAGGGCUGAGAUUGAGCCUCCAGAUGAAAUCACCUGGAUUGCUGCUCAGGGCUUCAUGACCGGCGCAUUCCGCUUCGGCUCCGUCUCUAUCCUGGCUCAUAUGAUCAUGAAUCUCCCCCACCCCUUCGUCUUUUCUGCACCAAGUUCACCUGCCCACCCCGCGACACAACCCCGUCCUCGUCCGUCCAUCUUCUCCCGCGACUACCUUCGCUCCCGACUCUUCUACCGUCCAUUGGAGGGUUUCUCGGAAUGGAUCUCCCCAGGUUCCAAGGUCUACCGCGGCUUGACACCCCAAUUCAAAGUCUUCCUCCAAAUGGCAGCUGUGACACUGGGCGGAUGCAUCUGGGCUGAGAAACGCGUCACAGAGUAUAUCAACAUAGUUCGAAAGAUUAGGCGCGCAGAGCGGCUGCAGGCGGAGAGGGCGCAGGGGACACGUCCUUAA